AUGGACUGCAUCAAGAGUGCGCUGUAUGUGAUUUUCAUCCUACUAAACCCAACUUCAUGCUACGCUUUAUCCGCCACUGAUCCAAUGAUAUGUUACAUCCUGGAUGGGGUUCUGAUCACCUACUGCAUUAUUGCCACAGCCUUGUUCUUCAGAGAAAAGUUUUCACAUCGAGGUCUGACAGCUGAGAAGACUGAACCAAUUGGUGGGAUUUAUCAGGAGCUUGGACAGUCCAAAACCCCAGACCCUUAUGAAGUGCUUCAACCAUCCAGGAAGAGACAAAAGAGAAGAAAGAAAUCAACGGCCACUCCGUCUGACAGCGAGAAGGGCCAAGAGCCGGCUCCUGGGACGUCCUCCAACUUUCCUCCUUGA